AUGCACGAUGUGGAUGAUUACGAAAGCACCAAGCUCACCCCGAACGCCGACUCGCGUUUCCAAUCGUUCGAAGAUUUGAAUGGCGCCUUGGGCAGCUUGGGCCAUAACAUGAAGACCAGCAAGAAACAGCCACCGGCAUCAUCGCGCAAGAUACAGGGCGUCAUCAUCAACACGGACGCCCAACGCAUCACACUCACACCGUGCCCACAACGCGUACGACGAUGGCUGAGCAAUUUCCUCACCGGACGGCUGUUCGGCAAAGUAGGCCGCGCACCCUUGAAAGCCAUAUUCGCCAUGGCUCACAGCAAUAGAUCCCAACUGGACAAACCCACCAGAUUAGCCUUUUAUGCGCUCCUCAACAUCAUCCAACACUGCAAACCCAUUGCAACUACCACUACUCACUACAGAUUACACAGUCGUAUUUUGCCAUCAUAUACACCGACGCAUACUACAUGGCAGACCAUGUCCGACUUCGUCCAGGUGAUGACGUGCCCGAGAACUAGACUACACCAUAGUGGAGAAUGGCUGGGGUGUAGUAAUUUUCCCAACGGGGGAGACAGCUGGGCUUGGUAUUUUCAAGGACGGCUCCCCCAGCAGAUCCUUCAACAGUUCAGCUCCACCACAGCCUUCAUAUACCUGCUGGAGGCCUGGGUCGCCAUUAUCGCCCCUUUGAUUUGCGAACCUCUCUUGGGCAACUUCCACAUCCAGUGCUGA